AAAAAUCAAAAGCAGUAUGCAAACAACACAGAUGGAGAAUUCCUUACAAUUGUGCAUAAUUCAUAUCUUUUGCUUUGUCCUGUUAGCAAAUGCUUCUGAGUUUGGAGUAGAGCCAGAUGAUGGGUGCAAGGAAGCAAGGUGCGGAGACGGUGAACCAACCAUCGGGUUCCCGUUUCGGCUAAUGGGCCAACAGCCAGAACACUGUGGAUACCCCGGGUUUGAGCUAUCUUGCACCGAGGACAACCAAACCAUGCUCGAGCUGCCACGUUCAGGGAAGUUUUAUGUAAAGAAUAUCAGUUACACAGAGCAGUGGAUUGAUUUAUAUGAUCAAGAUGGUUGCAUUGAUCCAAGACAGCUUCGAAUCCCCGAUUUAACUUCAUCUCCUUUUGAUUUUUGGGGCAUGCGUAACUACACCUUCUUCAAUUGUUCAACUUACAAGGAUUCAUCUUGGGAUCGUGUUAUGCUUAUCCCUUGCUUAAGCAGUACCCAUCAUUACCAAAUCGCAGCUUUAUGGUCUGAUGCAGAUGCUAUUCAUGUGCCGCAAUCUUGCCGGAAGAUGUAUGACUUAGAAGAGCCAGUUCCUUUUUCUUUGAAAUACGACGACCACGACGGAAAGUAUAUUUCAUUGCUGUGGAACAAUCCAAUGUGCCGAACCUGCUAUGCAUUUGGCCAGAAAUGUACAAGGAUAGGAAAUACCUUAGAAACUCGAUGCUUACUCAAUAUUUCCAAACAUAAAACAGCAAAUGCUUCUGAGUUUGGAGUAGAGCCAGAUGAUGGGUGCAAGGAAACAAGGUGCGGAGAUGAUGGCCCAACCAUCCAGUUCCCGUUUUGGCUAAAGGACCAACGGCCAAAACAUUGUGGAUACCCCGGCUUUGAACUAUAUUGCACCGAGGACAACCAUACCAUGCUCGAGCUGCCACAUUCAGGGAAGUUUUAUGUAAAGGAUAUCAAUUACACAGGGCAGGGGAUUACUUUAUAUGAUCUAGAUGGUUGCAUUAAUUUAACAAUGGUUCGAAUCCCCGAUUUAACUUCAUCUCCUUUUGAGUUUGACAUGCAUAACUACACCUUCUUCAAUUGUUCAACUCACAAGGAUUCACUUAGGGAUGAUGUUAUGGGUAGGCGUAUCUUUUGCUUAAGCAGUACCCAUCAUUACCAAAUCACAGCUUUAAUGACUGGUGAUUUUCAUGUGCCGCAAUCUUGCCGGAAGAUGUAUGACUUAGAGCCAGUUCCUUUUAAUUGGGAUUAUGAUGACGAGAAGUAUAUUUCAUUGCGGUGGCACACUCCAAUGGGAAAUAUUUCCAAAAAUAAAACAGGUAUUUACUACUUAAUUUCUGCAAUUUAUUUCAAUGUAGACCCAUUAGAACUAUCCCUCAAUCUAUAUAUGUAAAAGCGGAAUUUGUUUGAUUUUGAGGGGGAUAGUUAGUUAAGCCAGAUUCCACAAACCAUGACUUGUAAUUUUAUGGGAAAUUAUUUGUCCAAGCAACAGUAAAUGGAAAUUUGUAAAUUUUUUUCUCAAUUGAAUUAAUAAAUUUCUAGAA